AUGCUUGCUUUCGACAACAGCCCGGCCAAGCGCCGUUCCAGCUACGGCUGCCUCCCGCCCGUCGUCGAGCACGACUUCUUCGCCGCGCUGCACGCACAUGUCGCCGCGGCCUCGUUGCAGGUCAACGUCGAGGAGAAGGCGUCGCCCGUCACGCCCGACAUUUACCGCCACAUCGACGCCAUCAAGCACCUCGACGACGCCCUGAUCAUCGAGCUGCUCCGCAGCGCCCGCUUCUACACUAAAAUCACCCCUGCUGCUGCUGCUACUACUACUAUUCACACCCCCCACAGCCGCAAGGUCAGCGCAGAGGUCCCGGACCUGGUCUCGGAUGAUGGCUCGUCCUCGCCCGAGACGAGGCCGGCCCUCUCCACGCACAAGACCAGCCCCUCGGUACCGACGCUGAGGCUGUCGUCGCGGUCACGGCCGGGGAUGCCGCAGCGGGCAGCGAGCGACGGGCAGGUGCUGCGCCGGGCGGCAGAGGAGAAGCCGCUGCCCGUGGCGCCGGCGGCGGCCGAGGGCGGCGCUGGCUGCUCCAAGACCGACGACUCGCAGCGGCCCAAGCUGUACGUGUGCACGUUCUGCGACGAGGCCUUCCGCACCAAGGCCUACUGGAAGACGCACGAGGAGGAGAUGCACGAGCAGCCCAAGCGCUGGACUUGCCCGGAUUGCUACCGCACGUUCCACGCGGAGAAGAAGUACCGGCGCCAUCACGCCGAGAGCCACGGCUGCAAGCACUGCGCGCCGAGCCGGAAGCACCACCACCACAGCGACGGGCGCAAGACGGCGUCGUCAUCAUCAGGCUCGCAGUCCGCGUCCGCGCGCAAGUGCGCCGACCGCUCGGUCCUGCAACUGCACAAGAAAGCCGCGUACGGCUGCGGCUUCUGCGUAACGCUGCUGACGUCCUGGAGCGAGCGGUGCUCGCACGUAGCGGCGCACUUCGAGCGCGGCCGCCCCCGCGCCGACUGGAGCACGUCCAACGUCGUCAAGAGCCUGAUGCUGCAGCCGCAGCUGGCGGGCGCGUGGGAGGCGCUGCUGACGCGCGAGCACGGCCCGGACCGCGCGCACUGGCCGUGGUUUGGGUGGCGGCGGCGCGAGAGCCGCGAGCUGCUUCGCUCCAUGGAGCAGCAGGGCAUGGUGCGCGAGCGGGCGAAGGCGCUGGCAAAGGCCGCGUACGACUUGGGUCGCAUCGAGGACGCGUGGAUGCAGCAGCAUCUGCUUGAGGAGGCGAAGCCGUCGUCUUCGUCGGGCUCGUCGGGCAUGGGCAUCACGGCGCAGCGCCUCGCCCAGCGCCAGCGCGAACUCGCUGCUGAAGACGGCGACGACGACGUUGAUGCCGACGGUGACGAAACCCCCGUCCUCGCCGAGGCGGAGCGCGGCUUCGUCUUCCCGGCCGCCUCGUCCGUCUAUCCCACCACCAUGCCCCCGACGCCCCAAGCCCCGCCCCUGCCGCCCAUGCCAGCACGGCACGCGCCGUCGGCAUCUACGCCCGCGGCUGGUGCUGCUGCUGGUGCUCGUGCUGGUGCUCUUACGCCCUCCAUGCGCUCGCACUCCUCAAACCAUGUCACCCGCCAGCGCCCGCAGUUGCAUCCCGCCAUGCGCUCGCCGUCGUGCCCGCCGCACUUGCUGUCGCCGUUCCAACAACAACAGGAAAACUCCAACCACAUCAACACCGAAGGCGCAAGCGCCGGCCACCGCCGCUCCGUCUCCCCCGCCACAAAAGACCUGCUCCGCCUCAUCGACCAAGAAUUCCCCUCCGGCACCUUCCUGGAGGGGUACGACCCGCUCGACUUCCGCACGCCGAAGCUCGGUGCCCCGCACGGGAGUCCCGCCUUGUCCGAGGCGCAGUUGACGCCGCAGCAAAGGGCGUAUCGCGAGUUCUAUGACCACAUGCAACUGCAGGCGCAGGCGCCAGAGACGCCCCUCGUGCCCGCGCUCGAGGCGUAUCCGGACUCGCCGGAUUUGUCGGUCCAGCAAAAACCGCAGCGUGUCAUGCCGCCGUCGGUAGCGGCGUUGCGGGCGCGGCUGGUCGCGGGCAGUAUUAGUGGCAACACCUCCGCCAACGGCACUGCCCCUGCUGGUGCUGGUACUGGGGCUAGGAAAAUGGCGCCCCGCGUCGAGGACCACCACAGCAGGGACAGAGACAGGGAUAUCGUGACGUUUGACCGGCCGGGCGCGUAUGCGGCGUUUACGGCUACGGCUGAGGGGCCGGGCGGUGCUGUUCGGGAGAAGGAGGGGAGAGAUGGGGGGAAGGAUGAAGGGCAAGGGUUGGGGUUGAGGGGAAUGGUGCGCAGGUGUGGUAGUGUUAGGGGGUGGGGGGGUAGAAGAUAG